CUCCCCAAGUGCCUGUGUUCAACCUUUAACAUUCCUUCUGCUUACUUUCGCACGGAACAACGCAGAAAUGGGCAAAAAGUUGAAGAAAGGAGAGAAGGGUGCGGUCACAAACUAUGUUACUCGUGGCCAAGCUAUCAAGAAGCUUCAAAUCAGCUUGGCGCAUUUCAGGCGUCUGUGCAUUUUAAAGGGUGUGUACCCCCGCGAACCCCGCAACAAGAAGAAGGUCGGAAAGGGUUCUACCGCGGCGAGGACGUACUACUACCGGAAAGAUAUCCAGUACCUUCUUCACGAGCCUGUGCUGCAUAAACUCCGUGAGCAAAAAGUGUUCGCGAGGAAGCUUAGCAAAGCCAUUGCCAAGCAAGAAUGGACACGGGCGAAGAGCUUGGAGGAACAGCGACCAGAGUACACUUUGGAUCACAUCAUCAAGGAGCGCUACCCAACAUUCGUCGAUGCUCUCCGUGAUUUGGACGACGCUUUGUCCAUGAUCUUCCUCUUUGCCACCCUGCCGACCACGGAUAAGAUCAAGGCGGAGCACGUCCGCACUUGCCAACGGUUGAGCGCCGAGUUCCAACACUACAUCAUGGUCUCUCACAGUCUACGAAAAGUCUUCCUGUCCAUCAAGGGGAUUUACUACCAGGCUGAAAUCAAGGGAGAGCUGAUCACCUGGAUUGUCCCUUACCAGUUCUCCCAACACGUACCCACCGACGUCGACUUCCGCGUGAUGUCCACAUUCUUGGAGCUGUACGAGACAUUGCUUGGAUUUGUGAACUUCAAGCUGUACCGCGAGCUGAACUUGGUCUACCCACCAAAGCUCGACGAGGAGCGUGACUCGGCCGCUGCCGGUUUGACCGCGUACGUCUUGGAGAAUGCGGGGGGACAAGACGUUGUCAGCGAAAUUUCCGCCCAGAUUCCCCAGGGCGGUUUGGUGCGGGCCGAUAGGUCACAAAGGAAGCAGACAGCAAAGCGCUUGGAGUCUUUGGCUGAAAAGAUUGCGGAAAUCAACGAGACUGAGGAAGCAGAUGGCGAAGAGACGACCAAGGAUGACGAGGAUGUCGAUGUAUCUGACGUGCCACAGGCAGCGGUCCCGGCUACCUCCCAAGAGGAGACGGUACCGACCCUCACGGCAUGGCAGGACAAGGUGUCCGAGCUCACCGGACUCCAGAAGCUCUUCAAGGGCUGUGUGUUCUGGCUGUCCCGCGAGGUUCCUCGAUACUCGCUUGAAUUCGUCAUCCGGGCCUUUGGCGGUGAAGUCGGCUGGGACGCCUCAUCGGGAGCUGGGUCUCCUUUCGCAGAGGACGACACCCGCAUCACCCACCACAUCAUCGAUCGCCCUCCCGUUGCCACACACACCCCUGCCGCUGAUGGAAAGCCCGCAGCAGUUGGCCCGAAGCGCUACGAAAGGAGAGAAUAUCUUCAGCCACAAUGGGUGUACGAUUCCGUGAACGCCCGCAAGUUGGUACGCACGGCCGGUUACCACGCCGGAGAGACCCUCCCGCCGCAUCUCUCACCUUUCGCCAACCCAGGAGAAGGUGACUACGUCCCCGAAGAGGCUAUGGAUGUGUCCUCCGAGUCCGAUGAGGAGGAGGUUGCCCUGGCCGCCACCGGUGCCGGUGAAGACGCGAUGGAGGUCGACGAAGAAGAGGAGGAAGAAGAGGAAGAACUCGACGAGGAAGAGGAGGCAGAUGCCGAAGAUGACGACGAAGAAGCCCUCCACCAGGCCGAGCUUGCCGCGGAAGCCGCCGGUCUGUCGUUCAGCGAGUACCUGCAACAGAAGGCGGCUGGAACAUUACCGGCCGACGGAAAGAAGCAGAAGAAGAAGGGUGCUGAUGUCAAAGCGGCCAAGAAGGAGACGGCGGCGGAGGCUGAGGAGCGGGAACGUAAGGAGCUUGCCAUCAUGAUGAUGAGCAAGAAGGACAAGCAUCUGUACAACAAGAUCCAGUUUGGAAAGCAGAGGAAGGCUGAUGCGGUAAGUAGUUGCUGUGUGACACUCGGAAUAUGUGCCGUUCAUAUCAUCUGACUAACUCAAUACUUUGGUACUCAGGCCGACAACUUGCGCGCAAAAA